AAUUAUUUUUUCAGAGAGAGACUGCUGCAGUGCCUUCUAUUGGGUCCCGGAAGAAAGGACUGGAACGAGAGUUAGUCAGUAAUACUCAUCCUUCACCGCCAUCAUGGUGCUUAGUGUCCUCCAGAAACAGCUCAGGGUGCUUCCUCUUUUUGAGCAUGCCACUAUUCCCACCAAGGAGAAAUUUGCUUUGAAGGCAUAUCUGGACCAUAAUUUUCAAGGACUUGGUGUUCUUGGACGUGGUCAGCUUUUCUCCCUCUUUCAUGCAGAACACCUAGUGGAGGCCACCAAGCUGUAUGAGGUGCUAAUUAAGGCUGAAACAUUCGAGGAGUUUCUGGAUUUGUGCCACCAGGUACGCGAUUUUGUCAAUGAAGGUCUUUACGUAUAUGCCUUGUCUGUUGCUUUGCUUCAUCGUCCAGAUUGCAAGGGAGUAACCCUCCCACCCAUCCAGGAGAUUUUCCCUGACAAGUUUGUACCUGUGCAGACUUUUAACCAUGCCUUGAAGGAAGCCUUCAGAGAACCUGACAAGGAGAAAGAGAUCAUUGUUGACAUGGAAACAACUGGCAAUAUUCGCGACCCAGAGUAUAACUUAUCCUACUACCGAGAGGAUAUCGGAAUCAAUGCUCAUCAUUGGCAUUGGCAUCUGGUGUAUCCUGCCACCUGGCGGCCAGAAGUAACUGGUAAGGUUAAAGACAGGAAAGGAGAAUUGUUCUAUUACAUGCACCAACAGAUGUGUGCUAGAUACGAUUGUGAGAGACUGUCGAAUGGUAUGCCUAGAAUGGAACCCUUCCACGACUUCCACAGCCCCUUGGAAGGCUACUCAUCCCAUUUGACCUCUCUGAUGAACGGCAUGCCCUACCCUUCACGACCUAAUGACCUAACACUGCAAGACCUGAAGGAAGUUUCUCUCCAGGAUAUGGAGCGAUGGAGAAGUAGGAUCUCUGACGCUAUCCAUAUUGGCCACGUGCAAGAUGAGAACAACCACGAGUAUUUGCUUGAUGAAACUCAUGGUAUUGACAUCUUAGGCGCUCUUGUCGAAGCUAGUCACGAGUCAAUCAACCAACACUUCUAUGGUAGCAUCCACAACUGGGGUCACGUGAUCACCGCUAGAGUUCUUGAUCCCGAUGGUCGCUUCCACUUGAACCCAGGUGUGAUGAGCGACACCGCUACCUCCCUCAGAGACCCCAUCUUUUACAGGUGGCACAGGUUCCUCGAUAACAUGUUCCAGGACUACAAGGAGACCCUACCGCACUACAGAAAGGAUGAGCUCGAAUUCCCUGGUGUUGAAGUUACGAAAGUUCUCGUAAGUGCUGAACACGCUAACAACAUCAACACGUUUAAAGAGAGUGCUGUGCUCAACCUUUCUCAUGCGUAUGAAUUUGGCCGAACCGGAGAUGUCAAGGUUCGCUACAACCAUCUGAGUCACGAACCUUUCGACUACAAGAUUGAAGUUGAAAAUCAUAGCAGCAGGACCAAACCAGCUACAGUUCGAAUCUUCAUGGCUCCCAAAUAUGAUGAACUAGGCAAUGAACUACACACCAAGGAUCUGCGUCGUCUGAUGAUCGAAAUGGACAAGUUCCAUCAUGAUCUGCAUCCUGGUCACAACAACAUUGUCCGCCACUCCAAGGAUUCCAGUGUGACUUUGUCUUCUGAACGUACCUUCAAUGAGUUGGCUCAUGGUGAAGGCAUCAACGAGCAUGCCAAUGAAUAUUGCAGCUGUGGAUGGCCUGAUCAUCUUCUUGUCCCAAGAGGUGAUGAAAAGGGCAUGCCUUUCCACUUGUUUGUUAUGGUGACGGACUGGCUGCAUGAUCAGGUUGGAGAUCACGGAAAGACCGGAAUCUGUGUAGAUGCUGUCAGUUACUGCGGUGCUAAGGAUCAACUUUAUCCCGAUAGGCGGCCUAUGGGAUUCCCCUUCGACAGAAGCAUUGAAAGGGAUCACUUAGAAGAAUGGGUUCUCCCUAACAUGAGAAAUACGGUGAUCACUGUCACUUACCACGAAGAUGUUCACAAAGAACACCAUUAAGGAUCUGUGUACCGUAUCCUCGUGUACUUUCAAUAUUACUAGUUCCAAUGUAUUAGUACCGUAAAUAAAACAGUAUAAAGCCUCCAAUAAUUAA